AUGUCAGCUUUUUCAAAGUCAAACUUCAAGACAUUAAAUUACAACUCGUUUCGUCCACAUUAUCCACCCUCUUUUUACAAGAUUUUGAGUCAAUACGUUCAAAAGGGGCAACGCCAACAUGAUUUGCCAAUAGCCAAGGCAAUUGAUUUGGGUUGCGGUACAGGCGUUGCUACUUACCCACUAUUGAAUUUUGUUCGUUUUGUAAUUGGAUUAGACUUGUCGCCCCCAAUGAUUGAUACCGCCAAUUCAUUAAUCACCCAACGAUUAAAAGAAAUGGGCAUUGAUCCCUCAGACUCAAGAAUAACGUUUAAAUUUGGGUCAGCUGAAAGUUUUGUCAAUGAUCAAAAUGGCGUCGAAGCUGAUUCAAUAGACUUGAUUACUGCUGCACAAUGUAUCCAUUGGUUUCAAGACUAUGACAGUUUUUUCCAAAGUAGUGCCAAAUUGUUAAAGUCUGGAGGUACAUUGGCAUAUUUUUACUAUAUCGAUCCAAUGAUUGUUGAUUUUUCAGGGCCAUCACAUAGUAAUAAAGAUGACAUUUUGGAAAAAGCCUAUGAGGUCUACUUGAAGUUUGCUUAUAAUGAUCCCAACUUGAUUGGGCCACACUGGGAACAGCCGGGAAGGAACAUUUUGAAACACUUUUGUGAAGAGGUAAACUCGCAUAUACCUCAGGAUUUAUUCACUGAUAUCACAAUCAACACUUACAAAGCUACAGCAAGGAGCUCUGGUGCUGAUGAUGCCAAAGAUUUGGACUUGAAGAAGUUGAAAAUUAAUUUGCAAGAGUACCUAGCUUACAUUGAAACGUAUAGUGGGUUCCAUAAUUACAGAGAAAAGACUGGAAAUGCUGAUUUGAUUAAAUCAGACUUUGUGAAGGAAUUGGUUGAUACAACAGGUUGGGAUUUGGAGAAGACAAAAGUUGAUUUGGUGUGGAACACGGGCUACACGUUUGCUAGAAAGAAGUAG